AUGUUCGCACCCCCGGGCGCCCCAGACGUACUAACCCUCGCCCAAACAGCCUAUAAUAUCUACGAUGCCUACCACGGCGCCCAGGACCGGUAUAAAGAGUUAUGCGACGACAUUCGCGGGCUAGAAAUCACAUUGCAGCGGCUGGGCAAUCGGCUUGCUACCCAACCUUCUAACCAUGUUCGCAGCGACAAGGUCGGUGGUGAUGGCGAUGGUGGUGGGCAAGGAUACAACGAAGAGAAACUAGACGAAAUUCUACACAUCACUACGGCCCUUCUCGGGGACUUGCAACGCAAGAUACCAGCCGGCUCUAUUCCUCGAGGGCUGUAUAGAUUGAAAUGGUCCCAGAACGAAGCGAAUGCAAUCCGUGCCCGGAUUACGGGUAUCUCCGCGACGAUCGCGGCGUUUAAUUCGAGUUUGUUGUUGGAUUAUGUCGAUUCGUCCACGACUUCCCUGGGGGAGACGCAGGAGAGGAUUCUGAGGACGUUGGAGGAUGUUUUGAUCAGGCUUCAGAAGGUCGACCCGAAGACGAGGCAGAGGAGGCUUUCGGAGACGUCGGCGUUGGUGGAGGAGAUUCGGACUGAAAUCGGGACUGAAAAAGAAGGCGGCCGUGCGAGAGGCGGUGAUCUGUGGAUGGAUCUGGUGACUGAGAUGCAGAAACAUGGCAUCUCGGAGACGCAGAUUGAACAGCACAAAAGUAUGAUAUUGCAAUGGGCUGGGCGGGCGAUUGCCGCGGGCAUCCUUAAUCAGCCCGACGACGACGAGGAGAUGGAGACAGAGACGUAUUGGGAGGUGAUAUCCGCCGUGUAUGGACCGAGGAACGUCACCUCUCUACUUCAGCGGAUGAUUGAUACUCAUCGCCAACACCGGCAACGUCUGAGAUCGGAAAAGGUUGUGAUUACGAAACCACUUCAAUUCAUCGUCAUGAACGAGGCGUUUGGCGGAGAUCCAUUCCCAGCUCACAUCAAAGCAUUCUCGAUGGCAUGGCGGAAAAGAAUAAUCCGUCGUUACGGCCGGCAGAGUUUUACCUCGUAUUCGGAGGUGCAAAAGGUGUUUGCGCAAGAGAGCGAUGUCGUCGUUAUCGAUUUCGAUCAACCGCUCAUCGAACUGGACCACAUUGGCGGUCAGAUGGCAAAACGAGGGGUUGAAAUCAUAAUAGCAAACUGGCACAACCUCGACAUCACGCAGCACAUUUCUUCCCUUGUCCAGCAAGGUCAAACGGCCAUCAUGGCAACGGACAUGCAACUCCUCACCCACGACCCGAGUCCAGGAUACAUCAAAUUCUUGUCUGUUACCUACAGCUACACUUCCCCGGCCGAUAACACCGAAAAUCAAUAUUUCCAAGUACACUUUGCAGAAGAAGGCACCGAACUCGAUAUCCCGCCUUCUUUGGAUAUUCUAUACGCAAACUGGGGCGGGUUGGAUAUCACGACCACGCUCCUGUCACAGAUUGAGCCGCGGACGCAGACGUUGACGCUCGAUACGCAUAGAGUGGUCAGUAUUGCGUCGCCGGAUCCGUGGCCGGGCUUUCAUAAGUGUAUUGUUGUCGUUUAUCGGUACAACACCGCUUUUAAAAGGGGGGAUGGUGACGGCGAUGGGAUGGAGCUGUUGGUUGUUGGAGAAGGGAUGGGGACGACAUGCAUAAAACCGUAUCAGAGCGGUAUCCAUCGAAGUCGGAAUUGGAAAUUGGAUUUGCCUUUCCCGUCGGACGACUCGAAAACGAAGAUAUUGGGCAUUAUAUGGGGUUUGCAAACUGUUUCGACAACGUUGUUGUCAACCCGACCGGAAUUGAGAGAUGGUAUACUUGAAGACAGGAGGAUUUUAUGUACGAAUAGGUUUUUCGGCGGGGAGGGCUGGUUCACUAGAAUCAAGGCUUGUCUUGUUUUGAUGCAGAAUGUUGAGACGAGGGAAAUCGCUGCAUUGGUUGGGAGGGAGGGGACGUUGCUGGAGUUAGUAUCGCCGUGGUAG